UCCGUGCGUGCCUUCCCUUCCCAGCUACCUGUAAUAUUUUUCUUCGCUUUGACUGCAUAACAAAACGCGGGUGUGCUCUGAAGCUCUUCUCUCUCAAACACUAACACCUCUCCCUCCCUCUCUCUCUCUCUCUCUGAUCACUGGCUUUGUUGAAGCACCGGGUCAGCCAAAACUGCCUGAAAGUGUAUUGAGGAAAUGGUUAAGCUAUAAUCGGUUUAUUUGGAGGAGCUGCCAUGGAGUUUUUGGGUCUCGGCGAUAACAAGGUUCGGAGAACUUAUGGAGCUUUGUGGUUCAAAAUCGUAAUUCUACUCGUUCUGUGUAGUGUCGAAGGAGCUCUCUCCGAUUCGAACUAUUUGAUUGGUCUUGGGAGCUACGACAUCACUGGUCCUGCUGCUGAUGUCAACAUGAUGGGGUACGCGAACACGGAGCAGAUCGCUUCGGGGGUUCACUUCAGGUUGCGAGCUCGCACGUUCAUUGUGGCCGAGCCGCAGGGGAACCGAGUGGCUUUUGUGAAUCUUGAUGCUUGCAUGGCUUCACAGCUUGUGAAAUUGAAAGUGGUGGAGAGGUUGAAGGCAAGGUAUGGGGACCUGUACACUGAAAAGAACGUAGCUAUUAGUGGAAUUCACACCCACGCUGGCCCUGGGGGCUAUCUCCAAUAUGUGGUGUAUAUUGUAACAUCUCUUGGGUUUGUGCGUCAGUCAUUUGAUGUCCUUGUUGACGGCAUUGAGAAAAGUAUUAUUCAAGCUCAUGAAAAUCUCGGGCCAGGAUCAAUUUUUGUUAAUAAGGGGGAAAUCUUAGAUGCUGGUGUAAAUCGCAGUCCUAGUGCUUAUCUCAAUAACCCUGCAUCAGAGCGCAGUAAAUACAAGUAUGACGUCGAUAAAGAAAUGACUCUUCUGAAGUUUGUUGAUGAUCAAUGGGGUCCGGUUGGCAGCUUCAACUGGUUUGCAACUCAUGGAACUUCUAUGAGUCGUACAAACUCAUUGAUUAGUGGGGAUAACAAGGGUGCUGCUGCUCGAUUUAUGGAAGACUGGUUUGAGGAGACUGGUUCUAGAAGUGCAUAUUCUGGUGAAGUUGCUGCUGAUGGAAUCCCGCGAAGAGUCUCAAACUUAUUUAAUGACCGUCGUGAUAAUCACCAUGAGUUACUAGAGCUUGCUGCAUCCUUUCAGUCUCCUCCUGGUAAGCUAGCAACCAGGACCUUGAGUGUUGCAAGACGUGUCAGGGGUGCACUAAGGCAGGCUGACAAGCCUGGAUUUGUUUCUGCAUUUUGUCAAUCAAACUGUGGUGAUGUAAGCCCGAAUGUUCUAGGCGCUUUCUGUACAGACACUGGACUACCUUGUGAGUUCAAUCACAGCACCUGUGGUGGGAAAAAUGAGUUGUGCUAUGGCCGAGGACCGGGUUACCCAGAUGAAUUUGAAAGUACACGUAUGAUUGGUGAGAGGCAACUCAGAAAAGCUGUGGAUCUUUUCAACAAAGCAUCUGAGCAGUUGAAGGGGAAGGUUGACUAUCGCCAUGCUUACAUAGACUUCUCCCAACUUGAAGUGACGCUUACCAAACAGGGAGGAGGUUCAAAGGUUGUAAAAACAUGCCCUGCUGCAAUGGGGUUUGGAUUUGCUGCUGGAACCACUGACGGACCUGGAGCUUUUGAUUUCACUCAAGGCGAUGAUAAGGGAAAUGCCUUCUGGAGGUUGGUGCGCAAUGUACUCAAAACACCAGGCAAGGAACAAGUGGAUUGUCAGAAUCCAAAGCCAAUCUUGCUUGAUACUGGUGAAAUGAAGGAACCAUAUGAUUGGGCGCCUUCAAUACUUCCAAUUCAGAUCAUUCGAAUAGGGCAGCUUGUCAUUCUCAGUGUACCUGGAGAAUUUACAACAAUGGCUGGUAGGCGUCUCCGUGAUGCUGUGAAGACAGUACUGACUAGUGGUAGUAAUGGCGCAAAUGUUCAUGUUGUUAUAGCAGGAUUGACUAAUACUUAUUCACAGUAUAUAACUACCUUUGAAGAGUAUCAGGUGCAGAGAUAUGAGGGUGCCUCCACUCUGUAUGGACCACACACACUCAGUGCCUACAUUCAGGAGUUCAAGAAGCUUGCUACCGCUCUCACCAGUGGCAAACCUGUUGCACCGGGUCCACAACCCCCUGAUCUCCUUGAUAAACAAAUAAGCUUACUUACACCUGUUGUGAUGGAUGCAACCCCUCGCGGUGUUAGUUUUGGGGACUGCAGCUCUGAUGUUCCUCAGAACUCCACCUUCAAGAGAGGCCAUGACAUGGUAACAGUUACGUUCUGGUCAGCUUGUCCUCGGAAUGACCUUAUGACUGAAGGUACAUUUGCCCUUGUGGAGAUUCUCCACGGAAAGGAUACUUGGGUUCCAGCUUAUGACGACGAUGAUUUCUGCCUGCGGUUUAAGUGGUCAAGACCUUCCAAACUCAGCACUAGAAGUCAGGCAACCAUAGAGUGGAGAAUUCCUCAGUCUGCAGCUCCCGGUGUGUACAGAAUUAGACAUUUUGGUGCCUCAAAGAGUCUGGUGGGAUCGAUUCGCCACUUUACAGGUUCAUCUAGUGCUUUCGUGGUAGCAUAAGACUCUGUAACUUUGUAUACGGGUAUUUGGUAGCAUUUUUUGCUAAACAUACGACUCUCUGUUGUACCACCGGAUCUAUCUUGCGCGUAUAGAGAGCAUCCCAUAUUUCUUCGUUUGUACUAUGAUGCAAUAUAAUCACGUUGUUUUUAUACUA